AUGUCUAAAGUCAAGUACGUAGCUGAAGGAGGAUCUUCAAAUAGACCACCACUCUUUGAUGGAUCAAACUACUACUUCUGGAAAGGCAAAAUGGAACUCUUUCUCAGAUCUCAAGACAACGAUAUGUGGGCAGUCAUCACAGAUGGAGACUUUGUUCCAACAACCAAAGAAGGAGCUGUCAAAGCAAAAAGUGCAUGGUCAACAGAUGAAAAAGCUCAGGCAUAUUCCACUCAUGAUAGAAUUAGAAAAAUUCUGAGAUGUCUUCCAAGUGUGUGGAGACCUAUGGUCACUGCAAUCACUCAGGCCAAAGAUUUAAAAUCUAUGAACCUGGAAGAUCUCAUUGGUUCACUAAGAGCUCAUGAAGUUGUACUUCAAGGAGACAAACCAGUGAAGAAGGUAAAAACACUUGCCUUGAAAGCAUCUCAGCAAACCCCAUCAGUUGCUGAUGAAGAUGUGCAAGAACCACAAGAAUUAGAAGAAGUUCAUGAAGAAGAAGCUGAAGAUGAACUUGCACUAAUCUCUAAAAGAAUUCAAAGGAUGAUGUUGAGAAGAAAUCAGAUUAGAAAGAAGUUUCCAAAGACCAACAUCAGCAUCAAAACUGAAGCUGACAAAAGUCAAGUCACUUGCUAUGGAUGCAACAAAACUGGACAUUUCAAAAAUGAAUGUCCUGACAUCAAAAAGGUUCAAAGAAAACCUCAUUUCAAGAAGAAAGCAAUGAUCACUUGGGAUGACAUGGAAGAAUCAAAUUCUCAAGAAGAUGCAGAUACAGACAUGGGACUGAUGGCUCAGUCAGAUGAUGAGGAAGAGGUCCUGCCUCAGGGUGCAAGAACAAAACCAUGGUACCUGGAUAGUGGUUGUUCUAGGCACAUGACAGGUGACAGGAAUUGUUUUCUAACUUUUGAAAAGAAGGAUGGAGGACUAGUGACAUUUAGAAACAAUGACAAAGGUAAAAUCAGAGGUAAAGUUCAAAAUACUGAGAACACAGUAGAGAAAGAAGAUGAUCAGAAUGUUCAGGAUCAAUCUCUUCAAAGUCCACCUAGAAGCUGGAGAAUGCCUAUUGUGAUGCUGAUUAUGAUGGAGACAAAGUUGAAAGGAAGAGCACAAGUGGAUCCUGUCAAUUCUUGGGACAAGCAUUGA